AUGGCUUCCGCCGCCAAUUCUUUCCGGCUAUGCCUCCGGGCUAGCAGACAAUUAUCAGUACGACCUGCAGCGUCCCCCCUCCUGCGCCGGGCCUUGACCACAACCGCCCCGCAAUGCGCUCGCCCAGGUCGCAAAAAGGGCUGGAAAGACCCCAGCGACAACUUCGAGUUUCCUGAGCCAUACGAGGGCAGGGUCUUCCAAGAUUUGGGCGAACAGUUGAGGUACUCUCUGGAAAACGACGAGUUGGCCGAGGCCGACAGGGCUGCCGUUCAGCAGGCCCUGGCGAGCUGGGAGAACAAGCCAAACGAGGAGAAGAUGGAGGAGCAGCAGAUUGUCAAAGAAAUUGACAAGGAGUUUGCCCCUCUGAGAGCACCUGUUCGUGCUAGGAGAAACUCUUUCUGGCACGAGGAAGAGCAGGAUACCGACUUGAUCACCGACGAGGUUGGGGAGGACGACUUUGAGGAGAAUGACAUGAUGGCUAUGGGUCACGCCAAGCUGGAGGAGCACCGCGAGUACAGAGAAUACGCACGUAUUGCCGUGUGGGAGAUGCCAUUGCUUUCGAAAUUCGCAAAGAAGUUCGUGCCGCCCAAGAAUAAUGAGGUUCUUCGUUUCCGGUACACCACAUAUAUGGGUGAAUUCCACCCUGCUGACCGCAAGGUCGUGGUCGAGUUUGACCCCCGGGAUUUGUUCGAGCUCACCGAGGUUCAGCGAGACAAGCUUCGCAAACUGGCUGGUGCCAGAUACAACCCAGAAAGGGGAAUCAUCAAAAUGAGUUGCGAGAAAUUCGAACUCCCAGCCCAGAACAAGCGAUGGCUUGGUGACACGAUUGCCAAGUUGAUCACUGCGGCCAAGGACCCCACGGAUACGUUUGAGGACAUCCCCUUGGACACCCGGCACCACAAGUUCAAGAGCAUCCCGAAGUACCCCAAGGAGUGGUACAUGUCAAACCAACGAAGGCAGCAGCUCUUGGCUCAGAGACGAGAGUCUUUGAAGCUGGAUCAUAACAAGAGACAGAACAGUCAACUGAUUGAUGGUGUAAAGGUGAUCCAACAGGGCGCGCUUUCUACGCUCUCUGCGUCGAAGGAGAAGGAGCCCGUGGCAGUGCGGGUCAAGCCUCUAUAG